CACAAGGAUCUUUGCUGUCCUUCCUUGUCUCUGUCCAGGUGGUCACAACUUUUUGGUCGUUCGACUGCUCUAGUUAUUUGCCCCAACAACUCUCGAUCCUGUUUCUGACUCUUUUCUCCCUCUGUACGAAUUAACAAAAGGGACACUUCCCGAAGCAUAUAUUCUCACGAUAACAUAAGCUCAUCAUAACGAGGGUCGCCACCCGUACUUUAUCCACGGAUGCACGCCCCAGCUCUCGAAUAAACCACCUCUACCUACAUCUACUACGUUUCUCCUUGAUAUAUAUCAAUCGCAUACCAUGAACGGCCAUUUCUCUGCCGUCGGCGAGGCGCCGGGGGCUGGAAGCUAUGAGCAUGGCGUCCAGGUUAUUGACGAGGAUAAGGAGUUCAACACCCACCUCAAUGAGUAUCUCAACGUUACCGAUGUUGCCGCCUCUGGCUUCAAUUACCAUCUUAUCUCCGUCUUCGGCUCCCAGUCGACCGGAAAGUCGACCCUCCUAAACAACCUCUUCGGCACCGACUUUUCUGUCAUGUCAGAAACCGAGCGUCGACAGACCACCAAGGGUAUCUGGAUGUCUAAGAACAAGCGCGAGACGAGCGCAGGCACAAAGAUGUCCGACAACAUCCUUGUCAUGGAUGUUGAGGGCACCGAUGGUCGAGAGCGCGGUGAGGACCAGGACUUUGAGCGCAAAAGUGCCCUGUUUGCGCUGGCCACCAGCGAGGUCUUGAUCGUCAACAUUUGGGAGCACCAGGUUGGUUUGUAUCAGGGUGCGAACAUGGGGCUUCUCAAGACCGUUUUCGAGGUCAACCUGCAGCUGUUCCUCAAGGACAAGCAGUCAACCCCUAGAUCUCUACUCUUCUUCGUCAUUCGCGAUCAUCUUGGCACUACACCCUUGGGCAACCUCCGAACCACUCUGAUUCAGGACCUGACUAAGAUUUGGUCGUCCAUCUCCAAGCCUCAGGGGCUUGAGGGUUCGCGCAUCGAGGACUACUUCGACUUUGGCUUUGCUGCCCUGCCCCACAAGAUCCUUCAGGCGGAUAAGUUCACCGAGGAGGUCCAGAAGCUUGGAUCGCGGUUUACGGCUGGACAUCGACACGGCAAACCUGGUCUGCACGGCGACCAAGAGCUCGAGGGUGGUCUCUUCCUCCCCGAGUACCACCGACGAAUUCCUGCCGAUGGUUUCUCUGUUUAUGCUGAGGGCAUCUGGGACCAGAUUGUGAACAACAAGGACCUGGAUCUGCCUACCCAACAGGAGCUUCUGGCUCAGUUCCGUUGCGACGAGAUUUCUCGAGAAGUUUUGAUUGAUUUCGACGUCGUAGUCACGCCCCUUGAAGAGAAGCAGAGCGAAGCUUCCAAGCUCGGUGUUCCAACCGUUCUGCCCGAUCUUGGCCUGGCUGGUAACGAUGCUCGCCAGAAGUGCAUCAAGGCUUUCGAAGUGCAGGCAAGCCGAUACCAUAAGGGGGUCUACGCCCGCAAGCGACACGAGCUCGAGGGCAAGAUUGAUACUCGCCUGAAGGCACUCUACCAGGGCCAAUUGGCCGCCGCACACAAAGCCGGUGUCACUGCUUUUGGCGAGGCUGUUGCCAACAAGGUGAAGGCUGGGCAAAAGGCUGGUGGUAGCUACGAAUUUGCCGAAAUUGUCUCCAACGAAAAGCGGAAGACGCUGGAUAUCUUUGGUGUUGAGGCUCAGAGCUUACUCAUUGAGGGUGUCUCCUGGACUAACUUCGAGUCGCAGCUCAAGCUCUUUGAGAAGGAGCUUGACGAAGAGAGCGCUAAACUACGAAAAGAAGAGAUGCGACGACUUGCGACCCGUGUCGAGCGCUGGGUCAGAUCUCGACUUGGCGAUGCCGUCGGUCUCGAGUUCAACAAGUUGGGCAGCGGCCGAGCCGGCGGUGGUGCCCCCGAAACAGGCGAGAAGCCUGACACCGAGAAGGAUCUCUGGGACAGAGUAUGGAAAGUAUUCACGGGCAUUGUCAAGGAAGCCGAGGUUCGAUUUGCCGAGCGAGCUAAGAGCUUCGACGCUACUCAGGAAGAGGUUGAGAUCGGCACAUGGCGAUUGCGCCGAAAGAGCUGGAACGCCCUCCGGGAAAAGAUCGAGGAAGAAGUUAUGGAGGGCAAUAUUCUGCUGAAACUUCGAGAGAACUUUGAAGAUAAGUUCCGAUACGACGAGGCCGGUGUACCCAGGAUAUGGCGUCCCAGUGACGAUAUUGAGGGUAUUUACACCAAGGCGCGAGAGUCUACUCUCACCCUUGUUCCUCUUCUCUCGAGAUUCCGGCUGUCGGAGACAUACGGCCCUCCUGACUUACCAGGUUUCGUUGGACCUCAGCCCAACGGUGUCCAGGCUAGUGAUGAGGAGGACCUCGCACCGAUUGGGGGUAUUGACGAAGAGGAUGGCAAGAGCCUCGAGGAGGAGAUGACGGUGCUCAGCGAGGGCAAGCGCCAGGAUCUUGUUGUACGAUUCAAGAAGACUGCUGAUGGAGUUUAUGUCGAAGCUAAACGAGGUGCUAUUGGUGGUGUUGCUCAGGUUCCUUGGUACUUUUAUGGUUUACUCCUUGCCCUUGGCUGGAACGAGAUAUUGACUGUUCUGCGAAACCCCUUCCUUUGCCUCCUUAUCCUGGUUAUCGCUGGAGGCACAUAUGUUGCAUACACGCUUAACCUCCUCGGUCCUAUGCUCUCAAUGGGCAAUGCUGCUAUGACCCAGGGUGUCGAGAUUGCGAAGCAGCAGCUCCGCGACUUUAUUGCCAACUCCGAUACAGCACGUCAAGCGGUUGGCAUGCCUGCGCGCGAGGACAGCGAUAACAUUAGCAUGGAUACUUUGGAUAGUCGGGGCAAGAAGGCCAACACGACUUCUACGGAGAAGGAUGACAUUGACGACAUUUAAUGUAUAGGGGUUGUGUAUAAGUCUGAGCAGUGGCGCAAGGCCUUCUCGAGUAUGAUUAGCGAACAGGAUAUAAUGUCUACUGUAAAAAUAAAAGGAGAAUAUGUUCGAUUCACUUGGCGCAAGUGAUAACCAAAAUUGACUGCUUCAAUAAAAUCGUUUCCGAGUAGAUUUGGGGGUAUUUAGAAUGCUUCCAAGCCAGCCGACG